GGCUAGCGUGGACGCGCGCGGCCCGCGGCCCGGAGGCCUGGGCUCCUGAGAGCGGUCGGACGCGGACGCAGCCCGGAAGGUCGGUCCCGUGUGCACGCGCGGCGGCCUGGGAGGUGGAAGCCGACUGCAGGGAGGCCUCGCUGGCUGGCCAGCAGCCCCGGCCGCAUGAGUCACCAGGCCCCUCCUUUCCGCCUUGGGCCCGAACGGUGUGCGGAUCCGCUGCGCUGCGGGCUGGAGAGUGACGCCGCGCCGAAGCCCUUCGAAGAGGCGCGGGGCAAAUCCCGAUUCAUCCCGAAUCCGACUGUUGAGGAACCGGGAAAGCAAGAAGCCUCAGGACUGGCGGGAGGCCCUGACCCCACUGGCCUUUACUUUGCACAAGGUUUUAAUUUGUUGUAGGCAGCUUCAGCGAUUUUGAGCAAAAAAGAUUCUCCGGCCUGCAGCAUGAUUUUGGCUUGAUGUGAAAAGAUUAAGAAAUUAUGAGUCGAGGAUCACAAGUUCACAUUUUUUGGGGUGCUCCAGUUGCUCCACUGAAAAUGACAGUAUCACAGGGAACAGCUUCCUUAAUGUCCACUGCCAACGCUUGGGAAAAAGUCCGACUCUUCUAUAAACAGCAUUCCUUGUAUCUGAAGACUGGAGAUCAGGAGUUUAAAAAUCUGGAAGAUUGUCAAGUCCCUGAAGGUCUUGGCCCUCCAGGUCUUCUUAGUGGUGACCUUUUGACGACUUCGGUGAGGAGGUCUGCUCAGGUGGAAGACGACUUUAAACAUUCUGCUUCCGAAGCACAGAGUGUGAAAUCCCAGGUUAUCCUGAGUGAUAUGACUAGUGGACAAAUGUGUGGGCUUGGGGACGGAGCUCAGCAUUUACCUGAAGAAGAAAAAUAUCAAAAGCUUCAAUGUAAAAAUAAGAAAAUUACAGAUGAGCAGUCUAAAAAUCAGUCAGAUCCCUGCGUUCGGAAUUUCCAAAGAGAUUUGUUUGUGUUAGACCUUAAGUGUGCAGCUAAACUAGAUCUGGGCUGUUGUACUGAACAGAUGAGUACAGGGACAAAGCCAGAGCCGACAGGACAUCAUGAAAGACAGAGUCAGGAGAGCUGCUCCUCUGACACAUGGUGUGAGCCACAAUCUGAGGGAGCAGUCAGGAAGGCCUCAGACCAGAGACUGUCUACUGACGCUGAAUUUCUCAACGUAUUGACCUCCAGCCAACGUGCUUUUCUAGCUCAAGGGAAUGAUAAAGGUCAGGACUGUAUAAAUAAGAGGACUGUAAACAUGGAGGCAGAACCGACAGGAAGUCAGGGAGUCAGACAAACUGAAGGGGAUUUUAGUAAGCCUGGUGGAGAUUUCGAAGAAGAAUCUGAAAAUGAGCAAAGCCAAGUGUAUUCCCUGGAACUUUUUAGUCCUGUUUGUCCUGAACCAGAAAGCAGUCACAGUCACACAAACACUGGGAACAAUCUUGAAAAUCCAAGCUCUCAAGAACUUUUCAGUAAUGAAGAAAACCUGCCACCAAAUGAGUUGUGUAGCUCCCAUCAAAGUACUGCUAACAGGAGCUGGUGCUCUAAAGAUAAUUCCCACCAUUCUAAAGCUCUUUCUGAAGUCCAUCAGGUGUCCAAGAAGCCGAGGAUGGACUCUAAUAUAAGAGAGGCAGCCGAAGCAGUGCCCCAGAGGGUCAUGUCUGAAUUUAAGGACAGUAAAAAAAUAUCAUUAAUAAAAAAUUGUGAUUCUAAAAAUCAGAAGUAUAACUGCUUAGUCAUGGUGCUAACCCCAUGUCAUGUGAAGGAAAUAACUAUAAAAUCUGGACCAAAUUCUGGUUCUAAAGUGCCAUUAGCAACGAUUGUAGUUAUUGAUCAGUCAGAAAUUAAGAAGAGGGUUGUUCUGUGGAGGACUGCAGCGUUUGGGGCACUUACAGUGUUUCUUGGCGAUAUAAUUUUACUUACAGACGUUGUUCUUUAUGAGGAUCAGUGGAUUGGUGAGACAGUGCUCCAAUCAACAUUUACCAGUCAGUUACUAAAUCUUGGAAGUUAUUCAUACGUCCAGCCUGAAAAAUAUUCCAAUGUAAUUGCCAAUGUUAUACUUCAGGAUUUAUUGACAUAUGUGUCUUCAAAACAUUCCUAUCUCAAAGAUCUGCCUCAGAGGCAGCCUCAGAAAAUGAACACUGUGGAGUUUGUGGAGUUGGAGCGGUUGCAGCCUGAUGUAUUAGUCCAUGCAGUACUCAGAGUAGUGGAUGUCACUGUAUUGACAGAGGCAUUAUAUAGUUAUAGAGGACAGAAGCAAAGAAAAGUUGUGUUAACAGUGGAACAGGCUCAAGGUCAACACUAUGUGCUUGUAUUAUGGGGUCCUGGAGCAGCCUGGUAUACUCAGCUUCAAAGGAAAAAAGAUUCUAUUUGGGAAUUUAAGUACCUUUUUGUUCAGCGGAACAGCAUACUAGAAAACUUAGAAUUACAUACAACACUGUGGUCUUCCUGUGAAUGCCUAUUUGAUGAUGAUACAAGAGCAAUUUCAUUUAAAACAAAAUUUCAAAAAAAUACAUCCUCCUUUGUCAAGAUAACAGACUUAGCGACUCACCUAGAGGAUAAAUAUUCAGGAGUGGUUCUGAUUAAAGCCAAGGUUUCAGAGCUGGUGUUUUCUGCUGCAGCAGCUCAGAAGAUAGCUUUGAAUGCUCGCAGCACGCUGAAGAGCAUCUUCUCCUCUCUUCCCAAUAUCGUGUAUGCUGGCUGUGCACACUGUGGGUCAGAACUAGAGACAGAUGAGAACAGGAUCUACAGACAGUGUCUGAGCUGCCUGCCGUUUGUUGGGAAAAAAAUAUUCUAUAGGCCGGCUUUAAUGACCAUAGUUGAUGGAAGAUAUAAUACUUGUGUCCAAGUUGGGUCAAAGAUGAUGGAGCAGAUUCUUCUCAACAUUUCUCCAGAUUGCCUCAACAGAGUAAUAGUGCCUUCCUCAGAGGUCACCUACGGCAUGGUUGCCUCAGACCUGCUCCAUUCCUUGUUGGCUGUCAGUGCUGAACCUUGUGUGCUGAAGAUCCAGAGCCUUUUCGAGUUGGAUGAAAACAGCUACCCACUGCAACAGAAUUUUUCCCUACUAGAUUUCUGCCCUGACUCACGUAAGCUGUGGAGCCCAGGACUUUCUCUAAGGGCAGAGGGCACAGGAGGCAUUCCUGGGAAGGAGUGAUGAAACAAUCUGUCUUUUGAAGAUGUAUUUAUUUUUAUUAUAUGUAUGUAAGUGUUUUGCCUGUGUAUGUCUGUGUACCAUGUAUGUACCUGGCACCCACAGAGGCCAGGAGAGGGUGUUAGAUCCCAAGACUAGAGUAAUAGAUGGUUGUGAGCCGGCGUGUAGAUUUUGAGAAAAUGCUCUUAACUGCUGAGCCAUCCAACCCUAUGAGCUAUGUUUUGAAAUGAAAUGACAGGGAUUUUGCUUAGAGUUUUUAAAAUAGUAAUUUAUUAGCAUAAUAUAAUUGUGCUAAAUACAUAAUUUUUUUAA